UCAUUCACAAUCGUUUCAAUUAUGUCUACAAAUAUUGUUUUUCACUGAUUAUAUCAGUUUAUAAAUUAUUUAAAAUGCUGUUAGAUGGAAACAUUCCUACAAAUUCUAGUUAGUCGAAUGAAUAUUUAUAUUGUGCAAGUGAUUUGUAUCUAUGAGUAAUAUAUGUACAUAUAUAUUUGAUCUAUUUUAGGAAAUAUUGUAUAGUUUUAGUACAAAAAAUAAUAAAAAAUGUUUAUUACCUGAGCGAAGAACGAUAAAUGAAUUUUGUUUAGUAUAAUGAGAACCAGAAAACGGACUACUCGAAAAUUCUUGAAAGUUUAUAUUUGACAGAUUCAUUUACAUUCCAGUAAUUACAACAAUCUUCGCUCAGAUACUGUUAUGAAUAUGUAUGAAAAAAAGUUUCAUUGUAAUGGCUGUGAGAUUCAAAUGAAGAUAAUCAGAUACAUGUUCCUUCAAAAUAAGAAUUUUGUAAUCUCAUAAUAAAUACAAAACAUUCAUUCUACUCUACUUUUUAACAAUACAAGAACAUUGGUAAUCUUUUGUACAUUAAAAUGUGUUUUCGAACAAUAUUUUAUGAAAUUCAAUAUUUCUAAUGCUGUAUUUUAUGGAAUGUAAUAUUUCUACGUGGUUGUAAAUAAUUUGUCUUACGAAUUGUAAUAUUCUUGCAAUAAAACGUUAUAUUUAUAACAUUUGUAAACAAUACAUUAGCACAGAUUUACUGUUAACAUCUACAUUAUCUUAAGAUAUAUUUUUUAUGCGUAAAAGUUAGAUGAAAUAAUUUAAUUGUUAUAGUGUGUAAAAAUAAUUCGUAAAACAUAUCUUUACGUAUUUUCCUCGCGCGUGACAAGUCUUCGUUUUCGUGCACGUAUACGUACAUGAAAGCGUAACGUAUGGGAGUAUGUGCGUAAAGUGAGGCCCAGCAGACAGUGCCGGUCCCACUCUGGGCCCAAGGGGGGGCCCAGGGGUCACAUUCCAAGAUGGCUGUGCCCGAGGAAUGCAGUGGGUGCCCUCCUAAGACGCCUUCCUCCCUCCUUUUUUAUUAAUCGAAUCAAUUCACUUAUCCUAGCCAACACUCUGAUUACUAGAACGAAGUAGUUAAUGUCAACGUGUAUCCGAUAAUGCUCAUGCAGGAGGAUGCUACCUGCUCGUCUUAAGCAAUGUCUCAUAGGGAUAUCUCUGAGGUGGAGCCCGAAGGUACGUCGGCCUUGGCUGCAGGAUCAAGAUCUCUAUUUUUAGAGACUGUACGUCGUAGUAAUGCAGCAUGUCAGAACGGUGAUUAUGCUCUUGCUGCAAGCUUGUACACAGAAGCACUUGCUUUGGAUCCACUCAGCCAUGUGCUAUAUUCAAACAGGUCAGCUGCUCGGCUCAAAAUGGGUUUAUUUGCACUUGCUCUUCAAGAUGCUGUUAGAGCUACUGAACUUAGCCCCCAAUGGCCAAAGGCAUACUAUCGUCAAGGAGUAGCACUACAAUGCCUAGGCAGACAUGGAGAGGCUCUCGUGGCCUUCAGUACGGGGUUGGCACAUGACCCUUCCAAUUGUCAACUGUUAUCUGGUCUUGUGGAAGCAUCUUUAAAAUCACCGUUACGCGCGACAUUGGAACCGACGUUUCAACAAUUGCGUGCAAUGAAACUUGACGAAUCUCCUUUCGUUGUUAUUUCUGUCGUUGGCCAAGAACUCCUUGGAGCAGGGCAGUACAAAGCAGCAGCGGGUGUAUUAGAGGCUGCGCUUACUAUUGGUUCUUGUAGUUUGAAAUUAAGAGGCUCUGUGUUCUCUGCUUUAUCCAGUGCGUAUUGGGCAUUAAAUUCUUUGGAUAAAGCUAUCAAUUACAUGCAACAAGAUUUAGGUGUCGCACGAUCAUUAGGAGAUACACAGGGCGAAUGUCGAGCUCAUGGAAAUCUGGGCUCAGCAUAUUUUAGCAAAGGCAGUUAUAAGGAAGCUUUAACAGCGCACAGGUAUCAAUUGGUUUUAGCUAUGAAGUGCAAAGACACUCAGGCUGCCGCGUCAGCUUUAACUAGCCUGGGUCACGUUUAUACAGCUAUUGGUGAUUUACCAAAUGCGCUUGCAUCUCAUAAGCAGUGUGUACAGUUAGUAAAACAAAUGGGAGAUCGACUUCAAGAAGCCAGAGAAAUAGGGAACGUUGGAGCGGUUUAUUUAGCAAUGGGUGAAUUCGAAAGUGCUGUUGAUUGUCAUACGCAACACUUGAGAAUUGCAAGACGAUUAGGAGAUCGUGUGGAAGAAGCAAGAGCUUUUAGCAAUUUGGGUUCGUCUCAUCAUUAUCGACGAAAUUUCGGUCAAGCGAUGGCUUAUCAUGAAAAUGUGCUGAGAAUAGCUCAAGAAUUAGGCGACAGAGCAAUAGAAAUGAGAGCUUAUGCUGGACUGGGUCAUGCUGCGAGAUGUGCAGGCGACCUUGCUCAAGCAAAACUGUGGCACCAGAGGCAACUCGAUGUCGCUUUAGCCACGAAAGAUAAAGUCGCCGAAGGGCGAGCGUGUAGUAAUUUAGGAAUAGUUUAUCAACUGCUCGGUGAACAUGAAGCUGCACUCAAAUUACACCAGGCUCAUUUAGGAAUUGCCAGGUCGUUAGGAGACAAAGCUGGUAUGGGUAGAGCAUAUGGAAAUAUUGGAAAUGCUUAUAAUGCACUAGGAUAUUACGAACAAGCUAUCAAAUAUCAUAAACAAGAAUUAACGAUAAGCAAAGAGGUUAAUGAUCGUAGUUCAGAAGCUAGUACUCAUGGGAAUUUAGCAGUGGCAUAUCAAGCUGUACAGGGUCAUGAAGCAGCGUUAAGACAUUAUAGAGCUCAUUUAGCUAUAGCACGCGAGUUAAAAGAUACAGCUGGCGAAGCGUGUGCCUUAUUAAACCUUGCCAAUUGUCUGUCAUCUCGUGGCAGAUUCGAAGAAGCGGUUCCAUAUUAUGAAAAUUACCUUAUGUUAUCUCAGGAAUUACAUGAUGUAGAGGGAGAAGCUAAAGCAUGUCACUUCCUUGGUUAUGCUCAUUAUUGUUUAGGCAAUCACCGUGAAGCUGUUAGAUACUACGAUCAGGACUUGGCGUUAGCCAAGGAUUUACAAGAUAAGUCUGGAAUGGGUAGAGCAUACUGUAAUUUAGGAUUGGCACACUUAGCUCUUGAAAAUUUAGAUACGGCACUCGAAUGUCAAAAAUAUUAUUUAGCUAUCGCGCACAUGACCAAACAUUUAGCUGGAAAAUUUCGUGCUUUGGGAAAUAUCGGUGAUUGCCUUUUGCGCCUUGGUGAAGCUGAAGAAGCAAUAAAAAUGCAUCAACGGCAAUUAAAUUUAGCAAGGCAAGCGGGUGAUCGCAGUUUGGAAGCUGCCGCUUAUGGAGCUUUAGGUAUCGCACAUCGGACGAUAAAGAAUCUUGAUAAAGCAUUAGGAUUUCAUACCCAAGAAUUAACUUUAAGACAAGAAGCUGGAGAUUUACGUGGCGAGUGUAGAGCUCAUGGAAACUUAGGUGCUGUGCACAUGGCUCUAGGCCAAUAUACACACGCAGUGAAAUGUUAUCAAGAACAGCUUGAGAGAGCAAAAGAAUUAGUAGAUUCAGGAGUUGAAGCACAAGCUCUAGGAAAUUUAGGAAUAGCGAGGCUCAAUAUGGCACAUUAUGAGGACGCGAUUGGAUAUUUUGAACAACAACUAGCAACUUUAGAACCAUUAACUACGGGCACAGCUUUGCUAAAUAAGGCUAGAGCACUUGGAAACUUAGGCGAUUGUUAUGAAGCUUUAGGGGAUCCAGAGGAAGCUAUUAAAUGUCAUGAGCAGCAAUUGGCGGCUGCUGUAAAAUUAAAAAGUAUAAGGGAACAAGAAAGAGCGUAUCGAGGUUUAGGUCGAGCUAGAGAGGCAACUGGUAAUUUACAGGAAGCAUUGGUUUGUUUUGAGAAAAGAUUAGUGACUGCGCAUGAAGUCGACAGUCCAGAAUCGAGAGGUGCGGCUUACGGAGAUUUAGGCCGUGUACACGCUGCAUUAGGUAAUCACGAACAAGCCGUUAGUUGCUUGUCUCAUCAAUUAGCUCUUGCCAGAGGACUUGGAGAUAAAGCUGCCGAAGCAGAAGCUGCUAGUGGAUUAGGAGCUGUACAUUUAUUAAUGGACGAUCCAAAUUCUGCAUUGAGACAUCACCAAUUAGAACUUUCGAUCGCUGAAGCUUUGGACGCAGCUGGAUUACAAGCUAGAGCCUGUGCAAACUUAGGGGUGACUCAAGAAGCCUUAGGACAAUUUGAAGAAGCAAUAAGGUUACAAGAGCAAUCGUUAAGUUUAGCAGCAGCAGCUGGAGAUCAGCCGGCAAGAGCAGCUGCAUUUUCCAAUUUAGGACGACUUCAUCAUUUGUGUGGUGACUUGUCACGAGCUUUAAGUUAUUUACAAUCCGGAUUAUCACUAUCUGAAGGUUUGGGACGAAGAGAAGAGGCAGCCAGGUUGAGACACAGGCUUGGUCUCGUUCACUGGGAAGCGGGAGAAGCGAUUAUUGCUGUCGAACAUUUAGAAAAAGCAGCAAAUUUGUUAGAAUCAUUGGAUGGAGUUUCGUCGACCCUCAGCUGUGGACAGCCAAACAAAUCUGAAUUGUUAUCAGAAACAUAUAGGAUGUUACAGAAAGUGUUAAUUAGUUUAAAUAGAGCUGAGGAAGCCUUGAACUGGGCAGAAAGAUCGAGACGAAGUAAAAGCAAUUGUUUGGAUGAUGCCGCGCAUUACUCCGAAAUCAUCGACAGACAACGAGGAGUUAUUUUAUAUUAUAGCGAAGUAGGAUGUGAAUUACACGCUUGGUGCUUAGCCCCUGGUCGAGGUUUAUUGCGAUUUCACUCUACUAAUUUGGACGACGGUAUAGGAUUGGAAAAACGAGUCUUGCAAGCAAGAGAAGCUUUGUUAGAUGAAACGAGUGAUCUCGUAGAGGAAACGAAAAUACCAUCGAGAGGACACCAUCUUAAUGCUAGCUCGUAUAGUUUAAGCAGUCUGUUUAGCGUGGGUUCAGUUAGUUCGCGAGCAGGGAGUGCUCGAUGGGGACGAGGAACUAAAGGACCUACGUGGCAAUCACCGUUGCCGAUUCAAGUACUCUAUGAUCUGCUCCUAUCGCCGUUUGAAGAUCUUUUACCACCAGCAAGAAAAGAGCUGAUUAUGGUAGUGGAGAAGUCAUUAUAUUUGGCACCACUUCCAGCUUUACAAUCAAAUCCUGGAGAAGAUUAUUUAUGUGAAAGAUUUUCUUUACUAGUUGUACCGUCUCUUGCAGCUCUAAGAAAACGGUCAAAAACUCCUAUGCCAGAGGGAGGUGCAACUGUAGCUGCACUAGUUGCAGGGAAUCCUGUGCUCCCUGAGGAACUUAGAGAAGAGUAUGGAUGGUCUGAAAGCACUGCUUCUACCGAAACAGAAUCUGAGAUUGUUGCUGAAUUACUAGAAGCCCGCGCUUUAACUGGGGCAGAAGCAACCAGGUCCGCAGUUUUAAGAUCUUUACCUGAUGCGGAAUGUGUGCAUUUAACCGUACCAGUGUUUUGGAAUUCAGCCAGUUUAGCUUUAACUCCCGAUCCUUGCGAAGAUUCUUCCGUCAGACCGGAAUAUUUAUUAAGUUACUCUGAUAUUUCGAAAUUAAAAAUAGCCGCCCGUUUAGUCGUAAUAUCUAGCGGUCAUGGUUGGAAUAGCACAGAAAAUGCAACUACUACGUCAGACGGUGUGCAAAAUUUUGCCAAAGCUUUAUUAAAUGCGGGAGCACAGUGUGUACUUAUAGGAAUGUGGGCCGUACCGCCUACUGCUGGUAGUAUAUUACUGCGAGCAUUUUAUAGUGCUAUGCUGCAAGGAGCUAGAGCAUCGAGAGCUUUGGCAGAAGCUAUGCAAACAGUACAGCAUACAAGGCAUUUUGCACAUCCUGCAAAUUGGGCUGGUUGGUUACUCAUUGGCGGAGAUGCAAGAUUGUCUAACAAGGUUGCUUUAAUGGGACAAGCACUGGCUGAAUUACUGCGCGGUGGUCCUGAACAGAGUCGCGAUGCUUUACGCGUGACUCUUCAUUUAGUAGAAAAAUCAUUACAACGGAUACAUCGUGGACAAAAGAAUGCUAUGUAUACAACGCAACGUAGCAUCGAAAACAAAGUGGGCGCGGCCACUGGUUGGCGAGAACUUCUGAUGUCAGUAGGUUUUAGAUUCGAACCUGCUGGAAACGGAAUACCAUCUUCCGUAUUUUUCCCACAAAGCGACCCGGAAGAAAGACUAACAAGAUGCAGCGCGAGCUUACAAGCACUGUUAGGAUUGGGACCAUCAUCCUUACAUGCACUCGCCAGAUUGUUGCAGGUAAUAGAUGGGUCUGCUUGUUAUGGCACAACGAUCAGCAAUUUAUUCAAUUCAAGUUUUACCUAUUACAUUUUGAAGGCGCCAGAAGCCGCAGAAGAUGUUAUCGCUGCGAUGAGAAGGGCCACUUGUGCAACGGAAGGCCAAGAAGUUACGCUGCCAGUGCAAGUAUGGAGAGCAUCAGGAUCUCAUGAAUUAUUUGCAAGUUUAGGUUUUGACCUUAUGGAAGUUGGUCAGUCGGAAGUUACAUUAAGAACGGGAAAGCAAGCAUCGAGAAGAGCUGUUCAAUUUGCUCUUCAGGCUCUGUUAGCCUUAUUCGAUACACAAGAAGCACCGAAAAGUUUGACUUUGGACUCUAGUAGUUCAAUGGAAAGCUUGGCUUCCAUUACUCACAUCGAGAAGAAUGUCAUAGAACGUCCUAGACUAGGGGGAGCAUUCGCAAAUUAUGUUCGACACCGAGGCGAACCAGAUGGGAAAACUAUGGAACCAACCAAUGUUCCAAUUCCUACAUCGAGGCAACCAUGUCAGAACGGGGGAGGUGAAUCGGAUGUAGCUUUUACACCUAGUCCUCCCGUAGCGCUCAACUUAAAUCAUCAAACACGCAUCAGAAAUCUUUAUCCUGAUCAAAGUAUAAGACCAGGUUCUAGUUCAAGUAGUUCAGUAACGGAUUGGGAUAACGGUCACGCGACUGUUUUGAGGCGACAGCCAUUGCCACCUUUACCGGCAACGGUACUAGAAAGAUUAAGCGUUAGAACAGAAAUUGGAUCCAAUUCUCCGAGAAAACCUCGGCAUCCUACAACGACUGAAGAUAUUUGUCCUCAGACCGAUUCAACGCAACCCACAGAAACGCAUAAUCAAAAUUUAAGAAAUGUGGCCACGUCUCUCACGAGUUUAACGCGUGAAUUGACGCCCACAAUUUCAGAUGUAUACCAUGAACGAAAUUUAGGAUUAGGACUGGCACCAUCUUUAUCGAAACUGUUAGAAGAAGUGGGUUCGGUUUCCGGAAAUGAAGAAAAUCAGUCGACUCGCGCGAACCAUAAUCAGACGCAAAAUUGGAUGCAAAACGAGUCGGAAUUAUGUCGAAGGGACGAGGCUGAUGGCAGAUCUAUUGCUGAAUCACAAUGCAGCGCUACCAGCUCUAACAAAAUACAUCGAAAAGCACCUCCUCCUCCAGUGUAGAUUAUUUAUAUAUUAUUUAUAAGCAUUAAAUAAUACUUUACAUGAGAAUAAUAGCACGAGGUACCAAAGAAUGGAAGAUAUUUUAUUGGAAAAAAACUUUCAAUGUCUUGUGAUCAGAGCUGGUAAUAAUUUAUGAUAAUUACUUGUUGUGUUGCAAUAUGAUUCUACUUAUGAAUUUUCAACCCUUAAAUAAUAUAAACAUCAGUAAAUGCCAUUUUUUGCUUACACUGAUAACUAAUAAAAUUUAAUAUGAAAAAUGUAUCGUUUAUAAUGGCACCCCAAUGCUAUUCCUAUAACUUGUUAAUACAAAAAUGUAUUAUACUAACGUACAUAUGAACAUUGUUCAUACAUGGAUGUUAUGUUGCGAGUUAUCGAUUAUGAUGUAUUAUUAUAUAUUAAAUGCUACCAGUGGUUGAAA